AUUCGCCAGCAACAGAUGCCGGGCGCCCAGAUUGGCAUCCUUAGUCCCCGCUGAGCGCCCGAAGAAGAGGGCAGGAACCAGAGAAGGGCCUGGAAGGCGGGGACGGGAGUGCAGAGACCACCCCUCCCCAACCCCAAAAGGCAGAAGCCCCCGCCCCCCACCGGAGAGCUCCGCGCCGGCCAAGCGCCUGCCUGCUGCCGCUGCCUCGGGCGCCCACCUCUCCCCAGCCAUGCCCGGCCCGGCCGCCGACGGGAGGCAGGUCCCCUUCCGCAACGCCAAGGAGGAGAUCCGUGCGAGGAUCGAAGUCUCGGAAGGCGGCGGCGACCCGCAGAGACUGGGCGGACGCGGGCAGCGGCAGAUCGUCGUCUGGAGAAACGUCGUCCUGAUGAGCCUGCUCCACUUGGGGGCCGUGUACUCCCUGGUCCUUAUCCCCAAAGCCAAGCUGCUCACCCUGCUCUGGGCGUACUUCUGCUUCCUCCUAUCUGCUCUGGGUGUGACAGCUGGUGCCCAUCGCUUGUGGAGCCACAGGUCCUACAAAGCCAAGCUGCCUCUGAGGAUAUUUCUGGCUGUUGCCAACUCCAUGGCUUUCCAGAAUGACAUCUUCGAGUGGUCCAGGGACCACCGAGUCCACCACAAGUACUCAGAGACCGAUGCUGACCCACACAAUGCCCGCCGGGGCUUCUUCUUCUCUCAUAUCGGGUGGCUCUUUGUUCGCAAACAUCCAGAUGUCAUUGAGAAGGGGAGAAAACUUGACCUCACUGACCUGCUGGCUGAUCCUGUGGUCCGAUUCCAGAGAAAGUACUAUAAGAUCACUGUGGUGCUCAUGUGCUUUGUGAUCCCCACGCUGGUACCCUGGUGUGCCUGGGAAGAGAGUCUGUGGAACUCCUAUUUCUUGGCCUCCAUCCUCCGCUAUACCAUCUCACUCAACAUCAGCUGGCUGGUCAACAGUGCUGCCCACAUGUAUGGAAACCGGCCCUACGACAAGCACAUCAGCCCUCGGCAGAACCCACUCGUCACCCUGGGUGCCAUUGGUGAAGGCUUCCACAAUUACCACCACACCUUUCCCUUUGACUACUCUGCGAGUGAAUUUGGCUUAAAUUUCAACCCAACCACUUGGUUCAUUGACCUCAUGUGCUGGCUGGGACUGGCCACUGACCGCAAACGAGCAACCAAGCCAAUGAUCAAGGCCCGGAAAGCCAGGACUGGAGACGGCAGCACUUGAACCUGGAACUGGCAUCCAACAUGUUUGCCAUUGAUACCUUAGUUCAUGGCUUUUGUUCCUAUAGUUCUCUUGUUCAUUGGAUGUGGGAGGGGGUAGAAGCUGGGGAGGAAAAGGAAUCUAUGUGGUUUGGGAACUUUUCCUUUGUCUCAAAAUAAUGUCAAGAUAUAACUAUCAAUGAAAAAAAGUUUUUAGCAUCAAUGUAACUAUGAUUUUAACAUUAGAGUGUGAACAUGUGAUUUAAUCGUUGUAGCUACAAUAUGUCAAACACACAUGGUCAUGUGCUUGAACGUGAUGUUAACCCUGACAGGAUGAAGGAAUUUAAUAUUCUUUCAGUGUGAUUCAGGAGAGCAUUUGCUUUCUUUUCUACCAGUUAACCCAGCACUGUUUUGAAACACAUUAUCUGAAGGUAGAAGACAAAAGAGAGGGUCUAAGUAACUAAAGAAUGUUUCUGUUUUGUAAUUACUGUGCCUGUGUGUUUGUUGUUUUUUAAAUAAGAGAAUUGAGGGGCGCCUGGGUGGCUCAGUCGGUUAAGCGUCCGACUUCGGCUCAGGUCACGAUCUCACGGUCCGUGAGUUCGAGCCCCGCGUCGGGCUCUGGGCUGAUGGCUCACAGCCUGGAGCCUGCUUCCAAUUCUGUGUCUCCCUCUCUCUCUGCCCCUCCCCCGUUCAUGCUCUGUCUCUCUCUGUCUCAAAAAUAAAUAAAAUAAACGUUAAAAAAAAUUUAAAUAAGAGAAUUGAAAACUUUCAAAAAUGACAGGAAAUGGCCCUCUUAUUUUCUUGCCCUGUUUACAGCUUGUUAAUGUUCCACUGUCUUUGCUUCCAAAGAGAUCUGUUCACUGCCCGGCUAGUUUUGUGUCCCGAUUAUGGCCAGCCGACCCUAUAAAUCAGUGCCUGUUUAGGUGUUUGAUUUUGUUCUCUUUGCUAUUGUCAUUUUAAAGGUGUAUAACGCAGAUGUGCCAGACAUAAAAUUAAGCUCAAAUUAAGCUCUCAUUUAAAUGUUUAAACAUCUAAUUUAUAUUCUAAUUGAUCCCAGCCACUGAUGCAUGUACUUUAGCUACUACUGCUAAAUAAGCAUAUUAAUUUUCCACACUAGGCCAUCAGAUCUUAAUAACCGACAGUUAUCUAGAACUCAGUGUGUACUAAUGUUUCCCCUGCAUGCAGCCUUCAUUGAUUUUGCAGCAAAAUAUAAAGUGAUCAUUAUGUAGCUUCUGAAGUAAAAAAAAUGUUGUGUGUUAAGUUGCCUUGUAAAGAGCAUGUUGAAUUAAUGGGACCGCGUGCCCUUUGUUUUAGUUGUUAGAGCAAAAGAAAGAUGUUGGAGCACUUCGAAGAUAGAUCUUUUCGGGAAAGGUGGGAAUUUGGAAUUUUAAUUUAAAAUGUUUGAAAAAGAAGUGAUGCCAACCGGAAAUUGUCACAAUGAAGUUCUUCAUCCAGCAGGUGUUUAUUUGCCAUUAAUAAUGUGUACACUGUGAGUGAUUUACAAUAAAUGAUUAUUAAUUCA